CCCCUUUAGGGCUAAGGAGUCACUUCCUUCCUAUCCUAAACAGACAGCUGGCCUCAGACAGCUCUGAGCCCUUAGCUGAAACAGACCCUUCCUUCUUUUCUUGGAGGGCAGCGGGGGUCCCAGGUUUCUGGGGUCUUGGGCUAUCUUUGCUCCUCCCUUUGCUCUCCCUUGGGAGCAGAGACUGUGCGUUAGUGCAGUGAUGUCAUAGCUGAACAAUUUCACUUUCCUUUUUCUCCUCUUUGGAGGCCCCUGAAGGAGUUCUCUCUGGACUUCCCAGAGAUUCAGAGGGGGGUUCGGUCUGCCCUGAGCCAAAUUCAGGGUUCUUUGGGGUCUGGCAGAGGGGAUGGCAGGAGGAGACAAUGGACUCAGCAGCAGGACAAUUCCAGAGGACCAGAAUGAAGAGGAGUCGGAUGACUAUCAGCUCAUGUUCAAGCACUUCAAAGAAAACAAGGUGGAGAUAGCAAGUGCCAUCACCAGGCCAUUUCCUUUCCUCAUGAGCCUUCGAGACCGAGACUUCAUCUCUGAACAGAAGUUUCAGGAAUGUGAAGAAGCAUUUAAGAACCUGGUCCCAGUGGAAAAAGUGGUAUAUGACAUCCUCAGUGAAGUACAGAAGAAGUUUAGCCGCAAUCUUCUGAAAGUGAUAUUCAGCAAAACACAUCUGAAGGCCUACCCCGACUUAAAGGAGACUCUAAAAUACUUCUUCCAAAAUGUUUCUGACAAUCAUAGGACUCAUUCGAGUAUGAAUGGAAGAGAUGUUGAAGAGAGGCCCAGAUUGCCACCAGUCAUUAGGGAAGCAUCUUGUAGUCCUGGAAAUUCAAUCAUGGAUGAUGAACAAGCAGAGGAGAUGCCCAGCCUUCCACAAUGCAAUGGUGGAGAGAGAAGUAGUUCUUGUGAACAAACGUGUGAUGGACAGGAGCCCCAGGAUGAACUAUCCUUACCACUGAGCUGUGAAGCAGCAUCUUGUAGUCCUGGAAAUUCAAUCAUGGAUGAUGAACAAGCAGAGGAGAUGCCCAGCCUUCCACAAUGCAAUGGUGGAGAGGGAAGUAGUUCUUGUGAACAAACAUGUGAUGGACAAGACCCCGAGUACCACCUUUCCUCAUCACUGAGACAUGAAGCAGGAGCACAGCAACCCACCAGUGAAGAGAAAUGUCCCUGUGUCAUGUGUUCUCCAACAUUUGUGACAGAAGACCUGGGAGCAAGGAUGGGAGGCAGCCAAGGAGAAGCCAUGGACACUGGGAGGAACAUUCCUGCAAGAAAACCCAAGAAGAGAAGAAAAAAGAAAGGUCACAACUGGUCAAAACCAAAACGGGGAAAGCCAAUGAGGAGUGUACGGAGAAAACGUGGCAGAAUAGCUGCUGGCCAGGCAGCUUUCAGGAGAAAGAAAAUGAAAAAGAACCCAGGACUCUCUGCUAAGAUCAGAGGUCCAAGAAGGCGCAGAAAGGAAAAUGCCAAUUUUAGCGCUGAGUUGCUUCCUGUGACGUGUGGUGACUUGAAGGGAGUGUUACACAAGGAUAAAUUCAAGCAAGGGACAUCUGUGAUGUCCAUACAGUGUCAGGAUGGAAACUGGUUCACACCCUCUGAAUUUGAAAUCAUGGGAGGCCAUGCAAGAUCAAAGAACUGGAAAUUGAGUCUGCGCUGCUAUAAUUGGCCCCUGAAAUUCCUGAUCCAGAGAAAAUUUCUACCCAACCCUCCACGGAUAUAUCACAAGAGGAAAAAGAGAACACAGAACUUGGAUUGUUCUCCAGUUGACCCUAGUAUUCAGAACUCAGAUGAAUGUGAGGUGUGUCGGAAUGUAGGAACACUCUUCUGCUGUGAUACUUGUUACAGAUCCUUCCAUGAAGAGUGUCAUAUCCCAACAGUGGAAGCUGAGAUAACACCAUGGAGUUGCAUCUUCUGUAGGAUGCAGUCCUUAGGAAGUCAACAGAGUCUUCCAGAAUCUGAGAUACUGCAGAGAGAGAUGGUGCCCCAGGAACAGUUGAAGUGUGAGUUUGUUCUCUUGAGAGUCUAUUGCUGUUCUGAGAGCUCCUUUUUUUCCAAGAUGCCAUAUUAUUAUUAUUUUAGAGAGGUGACUGUGGGUGUUCAAGAGCCUAUGUGGUUGGAAAUAAUCAAGAAAAAGCUGAGUGACCAGGCUUACUGCCAAGUAGAAGACUUUGUGCAAGACAUGAGGCUCAUCUUCCGGAAUCACAGAAUCACAUUCAAGGACCCUAAGUUUGGCGAAAUGGGACUUAGAUUGGAGUCUAAGUUUGAGAAGAUUUUCAAGGAAGUGUUUGCUAUUCAGGAUACAAAUGAAAAGAGUUGACUGAAAUCAGAGUUGUGGCUGGUGUCCUGAUACAAUCUGCACAUCUAGUCAGGUCUGCCCACCUGCAGCAGCAAUGAGUGUUCUUUAUAGACUCCAUCAUUCCCAGACAAUUGUUCUGGGUCACAUGGAGACAGAUGCAGCUGGGAGUCACACCUUCUGGCCUGGGAGUCCAAACCCUGCCUCCCCAUAAAACCAAGAGUAUGGAACAUUGCUCCUCUCUCCAUUCCAAGGGUCUAGGCUGGAGCCUGUCUCCAGCUGGCUUUGCUCUGCCCCCACCCCCUCCCACACACUCACAUACAUGUUGCUUUCCUUGUCUCCUACUCUCCUGAGAGCAAUCCACAAUAAACCCUGAGCUUCCAAGACUUCAAA